GACCUGCGCAUGCGCACUGACUAUCCGUGCGCGGACCCUGGUAGGCGCGUGCGAGGGUUGCGCAUGGAUCCUGCCAAGCCGCCGCCGCCGCUGAAGAUGUCGAGCCUGACGUCCGCCAGCUGCGAGCCCCCGGGCCCCGAGCCGCAGGAGAAGAAGCCGCUGAAGCCCUGUUGCGCCUGCCCCGAGACCAAGAAGGCGCGAGAUGCCUGCAUCAUUGAGAAAGGGGAGGAGCACUGCGGGCCCCUUAUUGAGGCUCACAAGGAGUGCAUGAGAGCCUUGGGGUUUAAAGUAUGAGCGAGAUGAGCAGCAUGGUGAUUUGCUGUUGGGUGACUGGUUUCUCGGGUGGCUGAACAAUUUUAAGUUAUUUCUGUAAGCUACUUCAAAGAACAAACUUAUGAGAAAUCUAUUUAUAAAGAAUUUCUAAUAAAAAAAUAUGUAUAUUGCCUCUGUGGCACCUCCAUUAUCUGAUCUUGACUGGCUGAUAGAGAUAUAUUUUCCUCUUAAUAAAGGAUUUAAAAAUGCUCA